UCUUUGUUUGGUUUGAAGGCUUUCUUGAAUGACGCCUUUGCCGCCUUGGUGCAAUCAACAAAUGCGAUCGGCAAAUGGGGCAAGAAAUUUGGGCUUUCAAUCGAGUUCGAGCCCUUCAAUGGCUGCUUCGGCGGUUAAAGUCCCAAUGUUCGCAGAUACUAAUUUGGGCACUCGCGUUGCCAUUGACGUCUCUCCCGAUAUCGCCGUCGGAGAUGUCAAGAGAGAGCUUCAGAGAGCACACUUGAAUUGCUUUCCUAAUAUUGGAGAGAUUGGGGUAAAUAGAUUAAUGGUAAAGCGAAAAUCAUGUUUUUACCACCUUCCCAACUCACUGCCCGUAAAGCAUGCUUACCAGGGAUGGAAAGGAAGUUGGUUUAUUCGCAUGGAUACAUGUCCUCAGAGUGCUUUUGGUAAGUCAGGUUUAUCAGAAUGUCUGGCCGUAGACGUUGGGGAUCCUUCGGAUAUUGUUAAUGUUACUGAUUCCAUUGAACCUAAGAACUGUAUGUCCAAUGAGAAUAACACCAAUUGCAGAAGAAAUAAAAGAGGGACAAAAAGAAUUCCAUGCCUGAAAGUUGUACUUCCAGUAAUUCUAAGGCUUGUCUGUCUUUCGAAAAGGAUUAGAAGGAAGAAGGUAAAGAAAAAUAAUUUUCUACAUCCUAGAGUAAAGGGGUUUGAAAAUUGCCCCCUUGAUAGAAAUGAAUACGGUAGUAUUAAGGAGGAGGAGAUAUUUGCUCCUAGAACUGACACUGAGAGUAGAGGGCACGGGAAAUCUGAUGCAACAAUGGAGAGCUCUAGUGAAACACUAUCAGAAGUGAUAUCAGUUUCAGGCAUCAUCCAGAAAUACUUUUCAGCUUAUGAUGAGGUGACUCUAAGCCCUGAUAUUAUGGGUACAAGAAACCAAAUUCAACAUGAAGAGCAGUUGACAACUGGAGAAGUUAGUCCAAUGCUACCAUUCACACCAAAAACCCCUCCAAGAAUGCUACCUUUUCCAUUGCCUAAUGAUCUAAGUUCCACAACCUCGAGGGGCAAGUUCAAGAGAACUGAAGUUGGGAAGCGUCUUAUUUUGGCCUCAAAUAAGCUCGGGAUGCCUUGUAGUACAUGUAAACCUACAUCAGGUCUCAGUAGAAUCAGAAAUCAAAAAUCAUCUGUUCCCAAAUCUUGUUCCGUUACCAGAAGCAGAGUCUUUGAAAUCAGUGACAGCGACGAUGAAAUGUGUUUCAGUUAUUCCACAGCAAGAAGAAUCUCUCUUUUCCCCCACAAGAUCUCGAUACUUAGAACAACUUAUCGCAUGGGGUUUUCUAAAGAUUUCAGCCAAAUAGCGAGAGAUGAUCAAGGAAGCAGAGCUUGGAACAGAACACAAACACCUGGUCCGGAAUUGGAGAAUAGUAUCUACACGAUUCUCACUAUAGACCGGUGGGAAUCGCUAAAUCACAUGGAAUACAAACUGAGUUCGCUUAGACCAGUUCAUGGAAGGCUGGCUGUGAAAUUCCUCAAUUGGGCAGUGAGACAACCUGGUUUGGAUAUUUCUCACAUCACUCAUGUAUUUUGUAUAACAACCCACAUACUGGUUAGAGCUAGAAUGUAUGACCAUGCCAAGUCAAUUUUGACACAUUUAAUUGAAAUGGGUAUUGGGUCAGAUUCUGUUUUUGGUGCCCUCGUGGAUACCUACCCUCUUUGCAAUUCCAACCCAUCCGUUUUUGACAUUUUGAUUAGGCUUUAUGUACGGAAAGGCAUGGUUCAAGAUGCUAUAGAGAUAUUUAAUUUGUCGGGUUUGAGAGGGUUUAGGCCAUCAAUUUAUACUUGUAAUAUGAUGUUGUCUGCAGUGGCAAAGGAGCGGUCUUCAGGGGCUGCUUGGUCAGUUUUCAAGCAAUUGCUUGCAAGAAAGAUUUGUCCUAAUGUUUGUACAUUCAAUAUACUAUUACAUAGAUUAUGUGCUGAUGGAAAGCUUAAGAAAGCUGGUUAUCUCCUAAGGAAGAUGGAAGAAGCUGGUUAUGUUCCUACUAUAGUUACGUAUAAUACUUUGAUCUAUUGGUAUUGCAAGAAGGGACGGUAUAAAUUAGCUUCAGAGCUUAUUGAUCAUAUGGAGCAUAAGGGCCUUCAAGCAGAUGUGUGUACGCAUAACAUGAUUAUAGAUGAUUUUUGUAGAAACCAUAGAAGUGCUAAAGGUUAUUUAUUAAUGAAAAAAAUGAGGAAGAAGAUGAUUUUCCCAAAUGAAGUCACUUACAAUUCUCUUAUUAAUGGGUUUGUAAGGGAGGGGAAGCUUGGAAUUGCUACUAAGGUUUUUGAUGAGAUGUCAAAAUUCAAUCUUUUACCAAAUCGAAUUACUUAUAAUGUUUUGAUUGAUGGGCAUUGCAAGGGAGCUAAUUUUGGAGAAGCUAUGAAACUUUUGGCUAGGAUGGAAACAGUAGGAUUAAUGCCUAAUGAAAUUAGUUAUGGCGCUAUUUUGGAUGGGCUAUGCAAAUGUGGCAAGUUAAAUGCAGCAAGAAGGCUUCUUGACAGAAUGAGAAAGAAUUGCAUUGUUAUUGGUUGUGUUUCAUAUACUAUGUUGCUUGAUGGGCUGUGCAAAAAUGGGAGGCUGAAUGAAGGUGUGCAGUUGCUUGAUAAGAUGUUCAACUAUGGUGUGAGGCCUGAUAUUGUUACAUACUCAGUGCUUGUAAAUGGAUUUUGCAGGGCAGGAAAGAUAACCAAAGCGAAGGAGAUAAUAUGUAAGAUGUAUAAAGCAGGACUUGUACCAAACAACAUCAUGUAUUAUACUUUAAUCUACAACUCUUGCAAGCAACAAAAUGUUAUUGAAGCGUUGAAAGUUUAUUCAGUUAUGAACCACAGUGGUCAUGAUGUGGACCUCUUCACCUGUAACCUGUUGCUUGAUUCUCUUUGUAGAGAAGGAAGGGUGCAAGAGGCAGAGGGUUUCAUGCAUCACAUGAUUAGGAUUGGCAUGGUUCCAAAUUCCAUCACUUUUGAUUCUAUUAUAAAUGGCUAUGGAAACAUAGGUGAUGCAUUAAAGUCAUUUUCCUUGUUUGAUGAAAUGAUCAAGCUAGGUCAUCAACCUAGUCUUUACACUUAUGGGAGUCUACUAAAAGGAAUAUGCAAAGGAGCAAGGCUGGAAGAUGCUAAGAAAUUCAUAGAUAAACUUCAAUACAUGCCUCGUGCCAUGGAUGUUGUUUCAUACAAUACGUUACUGGCUGAGAUAUGUAGAUCUGCCAAUAUGCAACUAGCAGUAAUCCUUUUAGAUGAGAUGAUCCAGAAUAAUGUUCUUCCUGAUAGUUACACAUAUACUACUCUGCUUGCUGGGUUAUGUAGGCAGGGCAAGGUCGUUUCCUCAAUUCUUCUAUUUGGGCAGGCAAUGGAAACGCAGAAGUUAUUUCCAAGUCAGGUUACCUACACCUGUUUAAUCCAUGCACUUCUCAAGGCUGGCCAGCCAAAGGCUGCUGCCUAUUUUUAUGAAAACAUGGUCAACAGAGGCCUAUGCCUUGAUACAAUUGCCUUUAAUGUAAUUAUUGAUGGUUACUCUAGGAUGGGACAAAUGACUAAGUUGAAUCAUUUCUUUUCUCUGAUAAAGAAAGGGAUUUUGCGCCCUAAUUUGUCUACAUUCAACAUCUUGUUACAUGGGUAUUCAAAAAAAAAGGAUCUAUCAAAAUGCUUUGCAUUGUACAAUACCAUGUUAAGGAGCGGGUUUGUUCCUGACAAAAUAACCUGCUAUUCUAUAAUUCUUGGACUUUGCAAGUCUGGUCUGCUGGAGAUUGGGCUUAAAACUUUAAAGAAGAUGAUUGUAGAAGGAACUGUGGUUGAUCGAAUUACAUUUAACUUGUUGAUCACCCAGCUUGGUGAGAGAGGUGAAAUGGAAAAGGCAUUUGAUCUGUUGAAUACCAUGAAUUUGUUGGGAAUAUUUCCCGAUGGAGAAACUUACAGUGCCAUGCUUAAGGGACUCAAAAGAAAAUUUGAUUUCCAAGAAUGUUGUAAUAUAUUGUAUGAAAUGUUAGAAAAGGGGUUUGUUCCUACAGAUAGAGAAUAUAUCACUUUGAUCUCCGGUAUGUGUAAAGUGGGGGAUAUAAGAGGAGCAUUCAAGCUAAAAGAUGAAAUGGAAGCACUUGGUGUUGCUUCCCGAGAUUUAGCUGAGAGCGCUAUUGUUAGAGGGCUUGUUCAGCUAGGGAAGACAGAAGAAGCAAUGCUGGUUCUUGAUUGUAUGCUUCGUGUGCAACUCAUUCCAACAGUUGCUACUUUCACAACUCUAAUGCACCGGUUUUGCAAAGAAUCUAACAUUGCAGAGGCCUUAAAGAUACAGGGUGUAAUGGAACUUAAUGGUGUGAAGCUUGAUGUUGUCGCUUACAAUGUCCUUAUUGCAGGUCUCUCAACUAAUGAUGAUAUUGCACAUGCAUUUGAAUUAUAUGAGGAGAUGAAGCAAAGAGGUCUCUGCCCCAAUACCACAACUUAUGCAGUUCUCAUUGAAGCUAUUUCUAAAGAAAGAGAUAUUGUGAAGGGAAAAAUGCUCCUGAUGGAUUUAGAGGAGAGGGGAUUGAUAUCUCAAGAUGGAACUAAUCAAAAUUUGCUUGAGCAGUUGGAGAUGGCUAUGAAAAGGUUAAAUCUUAUAAGGUGCAAAAGAAAGAAAUAGUAAAAAUGUGAAGAGCUGGGCCAAGUUUUAUGGCUAGCCAUGUGACUAUUGUCUGGAGGCUUUAUGGGGAAAAAUGAGGUUUAUUGAAGCUUUAGGACUCCAACUGCAACCUAAACCUAAUUUCUGUUCUCCAUAUUGGGUCUCUAUCCUGCCAGCAUGAGUAGUGACAUGUGCCCAAUUGCCAGAAGAAAAGUGAUUAGUUGGACAAGCUCUUCACAAGGAUGGUAUAAAUACCAAACCAGCCCUGGGAAAUUUUUGAAAGAGAGACAUUUCAAACGAAAUUUGUAAUGGGCAUGCCAUACCAUACAAUGGGUAAAGGUGCAACCUACAUGCCUUCCCAACAAUUUACUUGAGGUGCUGGGGAAUGGAAGUUUGAUCUUGCUGUUGGACAACAUCUUACAACCGAAAGGAACCCGAUCAUCUUUGGUUCACCUUCACCGAGAGGGACCUAGCAUGGCUCCGGUGAAGGGUGUGGUCAUGGCUCAAGCGUGGACGGAUUAGGAUCUCCACAAUUGAGGAGACAGGCUAGUCACCCGAGUUGCAAGUUCGUGGGAGCUGCUUGGAGCUCAUUUCAUUGGACAAUCGGCUGAAAAAUCAUCCUUGGAGCCAUAAGACCAAGGCAUGGGGAAGCCUUCUUUUCCGGUGGUUUUCUUGGUCAUCAUUUUGCUCUCUAGCUCCGGCUGUUUGAUGCAGGUGGUGUUAGGAGACGGAGAUCGUGCUAUUAAUAUGUUUUGCACUAAAAUAGAAGAUUGCAAACAAUUUAAAUGCCCUAAAGGCCAGAUGGCAAUAUGUGAUAGAGGUGACUGUCGGUGUGUUCCGAAGGCUCAUAGUUAGAGAACGAGGCCCCUCAUGAGUUUUUUCUUAUAUAUUAAUGUUUCCUUUAAAUAAGUUCAAUAACAGACAAAUAACAAAGUUUCUCUA